UAAUAGAAUCAGACGCGCAGUAGUUCAAGGAAACUAUCUCUCUAUAUAUACAGGCACCUAUAAGUUUAUAACUCAUAAAAUCAAACCAAGCGCCUGAUCUUGUUAUCCCCGUAUGGCUCGCAACAAAAUGAAGCCCUCAUUUACCUUCUUUCCAGUACUUCUUUUGCUUCUCACUCUUUUCUCUCUUUCCUUUAGAUCCAUAGAGGCUCGGUCACUAUUUGCAUGCAACCCUCAGGAGGAGCUGACGAGGAACCUCGGCUUCUGUAAGGCAUCGCUGCCUAUACAUGUGAGAGUAAGAGACUUGAUCGGGCGGUUGACAUUGCAGGAGAAGAUUACGCUGCUGGUGAACAAUGCCGCGCCGGUGCCCAGGCUGGGCAUUCAGAGGUAUGAGUGGUGGUCGGAAGCGCUUCAUGGGGUGUCCAAUGUGGGCCCAGGUGUUAAAUUCGGUGGGGCCAUUCCUGCGGCCACCAGCUUUCCUCAAGUCAUCACCACUGCGGCUGCUUUCAAUGAGUCACUUUGGGAGAAAAUCGGAGAGGUGGUGUCUGAUGAAGCUAGAGCAAUGUACAAUGAAGGAACGGCUGGUUUGACAUAUUGGAGCCCGAACGUGAACAUAUUCCGAGAUCCUCGAUGGGGUCGGGGCCAAGAGACACCUGGAGAAGACCCACUUUUGGCCUCAAAGUAUGCAGCUAGAUAUGUCCAGGGACUCCAAGGCAAUGAUAUUGCUGGAGAUAGGCUUAAGGUCGCUGCAUGUUGCAAACACUACACGGCCUAUGAUCUUGAUAAUUGGAGAGGGGCGGAUCGCUUCCAUUUCAAUGCCAGAGUCAGUAAGCAGGACUUGGAGGACACCUAUAACGUGCCAUUUAAGGCAUGUGUGCUGGAAGGGAAAGUUGCCAGUAUAAUGUGCUCAUACAAUCAAGUCAAUGGAAAGCCCACCUGUGCUGAUCCUCAUCUACUCAAAGACAUUGUCCGGGGAGAGUGGCACCUAAAUGGAUACAUCGUCUCGGACUGUGACUCCGUACAAGUUCUAUAUGAACAGCAACAUUACACAGCUUUACCAGAAGAAGCGGCUGCAGAUUCAAUCAAAUCAGGCUUGGAUUUGGACUGUGGACCCUUCUUGGCAGUGCACACAGAGCAGGCCGUGAGAAGAGGCCUGUUAAGUGAAGUUGACGUUAACAAUGCAUUAUCAAACACAAUUGCGGUGCAAAUGAGGUUAGGUAUGUUUGAUGGGGAGCGAUCAGCACAUCCAUUUGAGCGGUUGGGCUCAAAAGAUGUAUGCACCCCAGCCCACCAACAGCUAGCCCUUGAGGCUGCUAGACAAGGUAUAGUUCUACUCAAAAAUCAUGGGUCGUCAUUGCCACUGUCCACCAAGUCUCACCGAACUGUAGCAGUUAUUGGGCCCAAUUCCGAUGUUACAGUUACAAUGAUAGGAAAUUAUGCUGGUAUUGCGUGUGGUUACACAAGCCCACUACAAGGCAUAGGAAGAUAUGCUAGGACCAUUCACCAAGUCGGGUGCGUCAAUGUUGCCUGCAAUGGGGUACAAGGGUUUGAACUGGCGGAGGCUGCGGCCCGGCAAGCUGAUGCAACUGUUUUGGUAAUGGGAUUGGACCAAUCUAUUGAGGCAGAGUUUAGAGACAGGGUAGGGCUCCUCUUGCCAGGACGCCAACAAGAGCUUGUUUCAAGGGUGUCCAAAGCCUCCAGAGGGCCUACCGUGUUGGUGUUGAUGAGUGGUGGACCUAUUGAUGUGUCGUUUGCGAAGUACGAUCCCAAAAUCAGUGCCAUCCUAUGGGCUGGCUAUCCUGGUCAGGCUGGAGGAGCUGCCAUUGCAGAUGUGUUGUUUGGUACAACCAAUCCAGGAGGAAAACUUCCCAUGACAUGGUACCCACAGGGCUACGUAGCAAGGCUGCCAAUGACAAUCAUGGACAUGCGAGCAAACCCAUCAAAAGGCUACCCUGGUCGUACCUACAGAUUCUACAAGGGUCCUGUGGUGUUCCCUUUUGGCUACGGCUUGAGCUACACCAAAUUCAACAUGGGACUAGCCCAUGCUCCAAAGGAUAUCACCGUCACUGUCCCCCAUGCCUUGAGAAACUCCUCCAUGAUAAGCAAUGGUGUCAAGAUCAAGCACAUGACUAACUGCGAUGAACUCAUAGUACCCGUUCACAUUGAUGUGAAAAAUACAGGAACUUUGGAUGGGAGUCAUUCGCUUCUUCUAUUCUCAACCCCACCUCCUGGGAUGCAGUGGUUUAGCAACAAGCAAUUAAUAGGCUUUGAGAAAGUUAAUGUUGCAGUUGGGAGUAAGCAACGAGUCAAGAUUGAUGUUCAAGUGUGCAAGCACCUCAGCGUCGUCGACAAAUAUGGAAUUCGAAAAAUUCCAAUGGGUGAACAUAAACUUCAAAUCGGAGAUGAUCUUGAGCAUUUGAUUUCAGUCCAAGCAAGUCUAGAAGAUAUCAAUCCAGCACGACCUUAAAACUUAUAUAUAUGAUGGUAACUGAAUCUAAUUAAUUAGGUCAACAAUGACCAUUUGGUUUAGGUUGUAAUGUGAUAUUUGGGAUUUGUUAGGAGUUGUGACUUCAAAUCAAAAGAUUUGAAAUGAUCAAUGGAUUUAAGAUUUAUUGUUAAUUUGCAUC